AUGGCGGAAUCUAUUCCGCCCUGGGGGCCCGUUCCUGGUCCUUCUCAUAGGAACUCGAGGACCGUUCCCAGAUGGAUGGAUCCAAACGACGUCCAUGGUGAGGUUCGCUUCCUCGUUCUGAAAGCUGCCGCCAACUCCAAGCUGCCUCAAAACCCGUUUAUCAUCGCUAAAUCGAUUGACCAGAUUGCCGGUCGUAUCGAUGGUGCCAGCCCAACCGAUGGAGGAAAAACAGUUUUGCUGAAAGUCCGAAGCCAACAACAAUUCGAUAAGCUUCUACAACUGAAGAAACUUAUCGAUGACACUCCGGUCACAGUUGAGCCUCAUCCCACCAAAAAUACCUGCCAGUGUGUUGUUUCGUGCCGAGAAGUAGCGGAACUUGAUGAAUCCGAUAUUUGCCAAGCCCUGCAAGAACAACAAGUCGUCAAAGUCUACAGAUUCACCAGGAAAGUCAACGAAAAAACCGUUCCCACCAACACAAUGGUGCUCACAUUCAAAGGCACCGUUCCCCCAACACAUGUCUGGUUCGGUUACUUGCGUGUCCCCACGAGGCCCUAUUACCCACGCCCAAUGCAAUGCUUCCUGUGCGGAAGGUUUGGCCAUACCAAGGCUAAAUGCCCAAACCCUCCUAUCUGCCAAAACUGCGGAGAAAGUACAAUCCAUCCGGACUGCCCCAACCAGCCACACUGCAUCAACUGCCAAGGUAAUCACCCCACAAACAAUCGUUCCUGUCCUGCUUACCAACAAGAACAGAGCGUGACUCGCAUCCGUGUUGACAUGGGAAUCAGCCACUCCGAAGCCGUCAAGGUAUUCCGUUCUCAACUCAACAUCGUCACUCAAUCCAAGGUGCAACAACGCUUAAUCAACGACAACACUACUUCCAUCGAUCACAACCGGAAAAUUAUGGAGCUGGAAAAACAGAUCACGGAUCUAAUCCAACAAAACAUCGAACUGCAAACAAAAAUCCGAGAAAUUGAAAGUAAAAAGAACAUCCCAAGCGACGAUUCGGAUACCACCUUGACUGAUUCCAACAGUGAAGCAUCCAUGGACACUGCUGACAACUCCCAACCGCUCUGCUCUACCCCGAAGCGUGGCCGAGGUACCGAGUCCCCCGAAAACAUCUCUCCAGUGAGGAUAACCAAAAACAGGAGACCAUCAAAUCAAUCUGACUCUGAUUUCGAGAUCCCCAGGUACGGUAACCAAUCAACCAAAUUGUCCAACCAUCGGUAA